CAAGUCAGCACAAAUAUUUACUUUAUAUGGAGACACCACAGAACACGUACACAUAACAUAGGAGGGAGGUCGGGAGAGGGUUGACAAAGAGAUGGAUCCAGGAGAAAUAAAGCCAGCAGCUGGAGCUGGCUCUACUGAGGAGAGAUGUCCCAUCUGUCUGGAAGACUUCCAGGACAAAGCAUUUGUGAAUGCUUGCUUUCAUACAUUUUGCUUCUCGUGUGUCGUCCGUUGGGCCGAGACCACCACCACCAGCUGCCCCCUCUGCAAGACUGCCUUCAGUAAUGUCAUCCACAACGUUCGUGCCAAUGACGACUAUGACGUGUUCAAGGUUGUCCCCAAGCCAUCCUCUGUGGCUCAUAGCGAGGAGGUUAUUGACAUGGAGGGUGCCUUGAGAAGUUUCCGUGGUUAUAGAACGACAAGGUUUUCAGGGCAACCAUCUCAGAGCCAACCGUCCACGUCGAGUGCUACUGUACACGUAGUAAGGCCACACCCAUCCAGACAUCGUAGAGGUCAGAAAAAAGACACAAGGAAACCAGCCGCUAUUCAGACGAGAAGAGCUGUGUACUCUACUGGGGUAAAGGUCCAACCUCUUAAGAGUGGAUCAAAACUGGCUCGAGUUAGGGACAUUUCUGCCUCAUUCUUCCGGAGCAACCCUGCUGCAGCUCAUCGGCUGUACCCGUGGCUGACCCGAGAGCUGACAGUGGUGGUGGGGGAGGAGCACGUGCAGUUCAUCAUCCAGAUCAUCACCUCACUGAUUGAUAAAGUUGACCUGCGCAGUGAUGAGUUUCCCUCCUACCUCGAGCCGUACCUCCAUGAGAAGACGAGUCACUUCAUUCACGAAUUCAUUAGCUUUGCAGCCUCUCCAUUUGACAUGAUAGCCUACGAUCAGAACGUGAACUACGACUGGCCAGAGUCACACCCGGAGCUCAGUGAGAGAAAAGAGGACGCCACUCAAGAAUCGAGGAGCUCUGAUAUCCAACAGCGGAUAUUUGAUGAGAUAAGCUCCACCAGUUGGGACGACCCUCCCCCCAUCCUGGAGACCACCUCCCCCGGCUACCUGGAUCACUCCUCUGACACUGACUACUCUGGCAGUGAGGACACACCCACUUCUUAUCAAACAGAUGCGGCUGCUAUUGUUAUUAGCGAUGAGGAGAGUGGAAAUGAAACUGAGCCUCGAAGUGAUAGUAUUGUCUUAGAAACCAACCCAAACAACUUGAGAGCUCAUCAGAACGUUAAUACUAACCAAUUGAAUUUUGAAACCGAAAGAAAUUCCAAUGAAAUAGAACAAGUGGAAAUACAAGAAGAGCCACUUGCAAUCGUGGAUUUAACUGUUGAAAAUACUACUGAGAAUGUUUCUGAUAGUGUUGCUUCAACUUCAAGACUACAGGUUCAAAGGUCGAUUAAAACGAAGGAUCCCACCAUAGAUUAUGAUUCCACUGACUAUGAGAUACAAUUGUUUGCUGAAAAUGAAAAUGAAAGUGCUAGUGCACUCAUUGACUAUGAACCCUGGCCUCUGGAUACUAGUGAAAAAGACACCAAUACUGCUGGUCACACUGUGGAUAGAACUAAGCACUCUUCAAAGAACAGUAAGAAGCGAAAACAUAAGAGUAAGCGUGAUGAUGCUUCUAAGAGUUAUAGCGACAAAAGACACCAUGAAAGAAGGGAGUCAAGAAAAGAAAAAACUGGAACAAGUUCCAAUUCAAGGGAUAGAUCACUCGAAAGACACUCAUCUAAGUAUAGAUAUAAACAUUCUCGCCACGAUCAUCACUCUAGAUCAAGAUCGUAUGAAAGCUCGCGACAUAAAGACCGCAGUAGCCACUCUCCUAGUAGAAGCAGUCGAGAGAGUCGGUUAUAUGAGAGAGAAAAAGGCCAUUGCUCUAAAAUACUGGUAUGCUCUGGUGAGCUUUCUCCUGAGGAUAGUACACCAGCACAUAAUAGUCGACAGGAAACAGGCUCGUCUGGUCAAGCGAGAUCACCUAAACAAGUAAUUUCGUUGGACGAGGAUCGCUCAACCAAAUCUUGCAAGGCCCUCUCCAAUGAGCUGAAUGGAUUAGAGAAACAGAUCACCGAUAAUAAACGGGACUUGUUGAAGAGUAUGCUACGACGAGAACGAAUUGUGUUGUUGCGUAACAGUCUCCACCCCCGCCCACCAGACCCUCUGCCGACUCCCUCCAGUCUGAGGGGUGGGGAAAGUGUGGGGGACAUGCAGAGCGAGUUGCACUCACUGGAAUCAGCUAUUCUCGAUGGAAAGAAGCACUUGUUACGAGUCAUGAAGAGGAUUGAGGAAGAUCAAGCUGACGACAGUGACUAAUAAUUAUAAUACGUAUAAUUUAUAUGCAACAAUAAUUAUUGUCUGUCAAAAA